AUGCGGGGCGAGGAGUCGUCUGAUUCGGAGUCGGGCCGCAUGGAGGAGAGCGUCGUGCGGAGGAGUUUGGAGACGCUGUGUCAGGAGCUCAACAUGGACGAACGCACAGCUACCGAGGCCAUGGACAACUUUACAGCCAUUUGGAACACGUACACGCUGGAGGGCGAGCUAGUCCACUGGCUAGCUUGCGCAUUGUACGCCGCCUGCAGGAAAGGGUCCGUUCCGACGGUGGGAAAAGGCUUCAUGGAGGGUAACUGCGUGUCGCUCACCAGGAUUCUGCGCACCGCCAAACUCAGCCUGAUGGAGUUCUUCUCCAAAAUGCGCAAAUGGUCGGACAUGUCCAACCUGAGCGAGAACUUCCGCCUUCGCGUGGAGCGUCUGGAGCGCAACUUUGAGGUUUCCACCGUCAUCUUCCGCAAAUUUGAGCCUAUCUUCGCCGCCAUGUUCCGUGGACCCUGUGAGGCUCCGCCCCCUCCAACGCGCCAGCCCCGAGGCCGGAAGCACCGCCGGCUGCCCUGCCACACCGCCGACGUCUUUAAAUUUUGCUGGACGCUUUUUGUCUACACCAAAGGGAACUUCCACAUGAUCGGCGACGACCUGGUCAACUCGUACCACCUACUGCUGUGCUGUCUGGACCUGGUCUUUGGAAACGCGUUGAUGUGCGCCAACAGAAAGGAGCUCAUUAACCCCGCCUUUAUUGGGGAGGAAGUGCAGGCGUGCGCCGACGAGGCGUCUCCAUGCGUGCUAGAGAGAUUGUGCGAGCUUCACGACGGCCUGGUGGUGGAAGCCAAAGGCAUCAAACAGCACUACUUCAAACCCUAUAUGCACAAACUCUUCUGCCGACAGAUCCUGAAGGGCAACGCGGACCUUUUAACCGAACUUCUGGAUCCUCACAACUUUAUCGACAACAACAAAGCGCUCAACCGCGAGUACGAGGAAUACGUGUUGACAGUGGGAGACUUUGACGAGCGUAUUUUCCUGGACGCCGAUGCCGACGAGGAAAUCGGAACGCCCAGAAAAAGCUUCAUGCAUUCUGCCGCCGCAGGGACGGGGCAAAGCGGCCCCCAGAAGCAGCUCCAGCAACACGUGGAGAAGUCCGCCUCUCUGGCGCCCUCUACGCCCCUGACUGGCCGCGGGUACCUGAAGGAGAAGGAUGCAGCGGCCACACCGGUGUCGUCAGCCACGCAAAGCGUCAGUCGGCUUCAGAGCAUGGUGGCCGGACUACGGACCGCCCCCAGCGAGCAGCUGCUGCGCAUUUUCAAGUCAUGCUCAAGAGACCCCACGGAGGCCAUCGUAAGCCAGGUGAAGACGCUCGGGCAAACCUUCAAGGAGCAUUACACCAACGAUUCCGGUCACUCGGCGGGUUCUCACGUCGAUUUUGCCAAGAGUCGCCUGAAGCUGGCAGAGAUUCUCUUCUACAAAGUUCUGGAGAACGUCCUGAUGCAGGAGACCAAGAGACUGCAGGGAAAAGAUAUGAGCGCUUUGCUAGAGCAGGACAUCUUCCACUGCUCCCUUCUGGCGUGUUGCCUGGAGGUAGUACUGUUCUCCUACAGCUCCCAGAGGACAUUUCCUUGGAUUAUCGACAUCUUCAAGCUGGCCCCCUUCUACUUCUUCAAGGUGAUCGAGGUGUUCAUCCGCUCAGAAGAAGGCCUCUCCAGAGACAUGGUGAAGCAUCUCAAUCUGGUGGAGGAGCAGGUGCUGGAAAGCCGGGCGUGGACCUCUGACUCCGCCCUGUGGAGUGCCUUGCGGGCGGCCGGAGACAAAGUGCCUACUGUCGAGGAGGUGAACUUCUCGUCUAGUCUGGACUCCGGCGGUUCGGCCACGCCUGGCACGGCCCAGGCCCACCUUCCCCUGGUGGCGCUGUCACCCAUCGUGCACCCUCGCAUCCGAGAGGUCCGGUCAGGCAUGGGCAGCGCACGAAAAGAAGUUCCAGUGUCCCCGCUGGCGGUACAGGACCGCUACAGCUCUCCCACCGCAGGCAGCGCCAAGCGCCGGCUGUUCGGCGAUGACCCGCCAGCAACGGUGGCCGCAGCUGCCGUCACGUCACCCACUAAGCGGUUGACGCUCAGCUCCGCCGGCACCCUCAAGAUCGGACCCCAGGCGGGACAGACCACUGUGCUCAGUAUACCGCUGCAAGGCGGUGGUGGCGAACGCACCAUCACGUUAAUCCCCGUCCAGCCGUGCGACACGUCGAGUGGCGUCACGGCUCAGUUCCUCCUGACGGCGUCACCCGGCCGCCCGCUUCCCGUUGCUGUUCCGGCGUCACCCACCCCGUCCGAAAGCCAGGUUGCCGGAUGCGGGCGGCCGCAACGCACCGGAUCUCUGGCGCUCUUCUUCAGGAAGUUGUACCACCUGGCCAGCGUGCGUCUCCGUGAUCUGUGCGCCAGGCUGGACAUCUCGUCUGAGCUGCGCGCCAAGAUCUGGACGGGCUUGGAGCAUUCUCUUGUCCACGCCACUGAACUCAUGAGGGACCGACACUUGGACCAGAUGCUGCUCUGCGCUGUCUACAUCAUUGCCAAAAUCUCUAAAGAGACGCACACGUUCCAAGACAUCAUGAAGUGUUACCGCAGCCAACCUCAAGCUAGCAGCCAUGUGUACCGCAGCGUCCUCUUGCAGCGUUCUCCCGGGCGGCGGGAUGUGUCAUCCUCGGACGACAUCAUGGAGGCGGAGCCCACGGAAAGCCAGGAAGAACGCGGCGACCUCAUUCAAUUUUAUAACAACGUCUACGUGCUGAAGAUGAAAAGCUACGCCUUGAGAUACGCCUCAUUUGAUAACAGAACAGACGCUCCACCACUUUCUCCGUUCCCAUCGGUGCGUUGCCACCCUCCUUCUCCCCGCCGCGUGUCUCAGCGCCAUUCCUUGUACGUGUCCCCGCACAAAGGGUCCGCGGGAGGACCCGCGCCACACGCCUUCACCUAUCGCUUCAACAGCAGCCCGUCGAAGGAGCUGUCUGACAUAAACCGCAUGCUGCGUCAGGGCUGCAAUGGGCGCAAGCGCGCGCUAACCGCAGAGGGCCAGCCCGCUGCCGCCACACCGCCGUGCCACUCCCCCAGCAAGCGAGCCUGCCCCGACGGCGGCGGCGCCGACAUUCUCUUCAAACGGCUGCAGGACGUCGUGUCGGAACGACAGAGCCACUGA